UUAAAUGUUUACAGUGGAGCUGGACAGGAAGUAGGAAGAUCAUGUAUUAUUCUGGAGUUCAAAGGAAGGAAAAUAAUGCUGGACUGUGGGAUCCACCCCGGCCUGGAAGGAAUGGACGCUCUCCCAUACAUCGACUUAAUUGACCCGGCCGAGAUUGAUCUCCUCCUCAUCAGUCAUUUCCAUUUGGAUCACUGUGGAGCGUUGCCCUGGUUCCUACAGAAGACAAGUUUCAAAGGGAGAACAUUUAUGACUCAUGCCACAAAAGCUAUUUACAGGUGGCUUCUUUCCGAUUACGUCAAAGUUAGUAACAUAUCAGCAGACGACAUGCUGUACACUGAGACCGACUUGGAAGAGAGCAUGGACAAGAUCGAGACCAUCAACUUCCACGAAGUUAAGGAGGUGGCGGGGAUCAAGUUCUGGUGUUACCACGCAGGGCACGUCCUCGGCGCUGCCAUGUUCAUGAUCGAGAUCGCAGGCGUGAAGCUUUUGUACACAGGUGAUUUCUCAAGACAAGAAGAUAGACACUUAAUGGCGGCUGAAAUUCCUAACAUUAAACCUGAUAUUCUUAUUAUUUCGUAUCGGUCUUUAUUUGAACGAUGUGCCCCACGUGACAGGAGGACAUUCCUUUCUCAUAAAACCGCUCUAGAUGAAUACUGGCAGAACCACCCGGAGCUCCACGAUAUCCCCAUAUACUACGCGUCAUCCUUGGCCAAGAAGUGCAUGGCGGUCUACCAGACGUACGUGAAUGCCAUGAACGACAAAAUCCGCAAACAGAUCAACAUCAACAACCCCUUUGUUUUCAAGCACAUCAGUAACCUCAAGCCCCAUAACUGUCCAGCCGAAGCACAUCCAGUACACACAUUUCCCUGCGGGUGUGCGCACACCGAUUACCAGCAAACCAGCGAAUUUAUCCGUGCUUUGAAACCGCCUCACGUGAUUUUAGUCCAUGGAGAACAGAAUGAGAUGGCCAGGUUGAAAGCGGCCCUGAUUCGCGAGUAUGAAGACAACGAUGAAGUUCACAUAGAGGUGCAUAACCCUCGGAACACAGAGGCAGUGACCCUGAACUUCAGAGGAGAGAAACUCGCCAAGGUCAUGGGCUUUUUAGCUGACAAAAAGCCAGAACAGGGUCAGCGGGUCUCAGGAAUACUUGUUAAAAGAAACUUUAAUUAUCACAUACUUUCUCCUUGUGACCUCUCCAAUUACACUGACCUGGCCAUGAGCACUGUGAAGCAGACCCAAGCCAUCCCAUACACUGGACCUUUUAACUUGCUGUUUCACCAGCUGCAGAAAUUGACUGGUGAUGUAGAAGAAUUAGAAAUUCAAGACAAGCCUGCUUUGAAAGUGUUCAAGAAUAUUACUGUGAUACAGGAACCAGGAAUGGUGGUAUUAGAAUGGCUGGCGAACCCCUCCAACGACAUGUACGCGGACACAGUGACGACCGUGAUCCUGGAAGUUCAGUCAAACCCGAAAAUAAGGAAAGGUGCUGUGCAGAAAGUUUCCAAAAAAUUGGAAAUGCACGUGUACAGCAAGAGGCUGGAGAUCAUGCUCCAGGACAUAUUUGGAGAAGACUGUGUGAGUGUGAAAGAUGGUUCUAUUCUCGGGGUCACCGUGGAUGGAAAAACUGCUAAUAUAAACCUGGAGACACGGACCGUGGAGUGUGAGGAGGGGAGUGAGGACGACGAGUCCCUCCGGGAGAUGGUGGAGCUGGCUGCGCAGCGGCUGUACGAGGCGCUGACGCCGGUACACUGACCUGCACCUGCCGGCUGUUUCCUGCUCGUGCGGCUGCUGUUACGUCAAUAAACAUUCGUUUCUCGGGUAGCCGGCGUCCCUGUGAUGUCAGGUGGCCUUUGUUGUCACCUCCUGGUCCCGGCUGAAGUCACCCGCCCACCUGUCCGUGGCCUCAGCUGCCACCUGGCCGCCAUCUCAGGACCGGCCACCGGCAGGCUGUGGUGGCGCGGCCAGCGGGGUCUGACUGGGCGGCUUGCACUUUCGGUACGCAGCGACUCGUGUUUUCCCACCCAGAUUCUGAAUCAGUGAGUUCAAGAUCAUUUAAAGC